AUGGUUCUCUAUUUUGCUCUGUCAUAUAUUGAGGAGUAUCAAAUUGCCCAGAAAUCGAAGGCUCCUCCUUCCUUGACUUCUCCCUCACGGUCGACUACAACUUCUGAUGCCCCGUGGCUCAAUCCUCCUUCGGGCAAGCUCAAGUUAAAUACAGACGCGGCAGUAGACAAGUCCAACCAACGUACUAGUUGUGGAGCUGUGUUAAGGAACUCUAAUGGAGAUAUUGUGGCUGCUUUUUCAAAGUCAAUUCCGGGUGUUUUUCGGCCUGAAAUAAUGGAAGCUUUGGCUCUAGUAAAUGCAUUAAAAUGGCUGAUAGAUAAUCAAUGGACUGCUCACAUCUUAGAAACAGACUCUUUUUUAGUGGUUAAAGAUUUACACGCAUCUAUUGCUACUGUUUCUGAUUUCCAUUGUCUGCUAUCAGACAUUACACAUCUAGUGUCCAAUUUUCCAAGAGUGCAGAUUUCUCAUGUAUAUAGAUCUGCGAAUACGGCUGCUCAUUUGUUAGCGAAGUAUGCUCUUUCGGUGGACUCUGUUUGUUUUUGGUUGGAGGAAAUCCCUCCCCCGUUAAAUGCUUAUUGUAUUAAUAUGGAUGAUUAA